AUGGAUGACUUACUAGAUCUUGAUGAUUCUUAUUAUGUUUACACGGUUAUAGAAGACCUUGAUGAGUUCAGAACCGCUGAUGUUAUCAAGUCAAUGCAUUUUCCACUGUUACUUGAAAUGUUGGUAAGAAAAAAUUCAGGCCAAGUUCACUCCCUUUCUUGUGGUGGUUUGCUCAAUGCCCAAAUAUUAUCUCUAGUUGCUGACCAUGCCCAAUCACUUCGGACAUUGAAGAUGCCAGGGACUAAUUUAAGCAAAGAUUCAACAAUAUUUGAAACUGUAUUAGCUGUGAGACUCUCCUCAUUCUUAGUUCAUUUGGAUAUAAGUAAGUGCUAUGGAAUAGGAGCCUCAGCUAUUAGGGCAAUUGGCUAUAACUGUAAGAAUCUAGCCAGAUUAGAUAUGAACUUUAUUAUGACUAAUAAUGGCACUAGUGAUGAAGAGGCUUUUGCUGUAGCAUCUACAAUGCCAAAGCUAAAGCAUCUUGAAAUUUCCUAUUUGACCAUUUCUAAUGAAGGUGUGCUCAACAUCCUCAGCAGCUGCACUCAACUUCAAUAUCUUGACAUUUCUGGUUGUAGCCAUCUGCAAGGUUGUGAAAGACUGUUUGAGAAUUUCUCUGGUUUGAAGGUUUUUUUACCUCAACAAGAAUCGGAAAAAACUUUGUUUUUAAUGGAUAAUCUGUAUUUGACUUGUUUCUUUGAAUAUCCAAUUUGA